AUGGACGGCGUUUGGAAGCUGAGAAGUGUGUCCAAAUUUGUGACGACCGACAGCCUCUGGGAAAUGGGUCCACACCGAUACUCGGGUUUCAUACGCUACAACGUGGCUGGGGGGCUCGUUAGCGUGUGCUUUAGUCCUUACGACAAAGUAAACCAUUUGACAAUUUUCACUGGGCGAUCUUCACAGGGGUUGAUAUCCUUCGUCAAGGUUGAUGACUCUCCACUGUUUCACUUAUCCACGCUCUAA